AUGUUACCAAGAUGGAGACGCUGCAUAUCCAGAUUGUUCCUGAUACCUCAGCGGUAUGUUCUGGGGCUUAUGGGUCUGUGGGCUUUAUGCAACGCCUAUACAAUGCGUGUUUGCCUCAAUUUAGCUAUCACACAAAUGGUUAAUAAUAGUAAGUCUGGCGAUGAUUCACAUUACGACCCCGAUGCCUGUCCAGAUGAUAGUGAGCUGUUGGUGAAUGGAACUGCUCCUUUUAAACCACACGCAAUAUUCGACUGGUCCGAGUCAACCCAAGGUUUACUCCUAAGUGGCUUCUACUAUGGAUACGCUAUCACCCAAAUACCUGGAGGUUAUUUGGCUGAGAAAUAUGGCGGGAAAUGGACACUGGGUAUAGGAUUAUUAAGUACAGCCUUAUUUACGCUAUUGACACCAAUCGUUGUUACUGCUGGAGGUGCAACUUGGCUGUUUAUUCUGCGUGUCUUGCAAGGAAUGGGUGAAGGUCCAACAAUGCCAGCUCUGAUGGUUGUUCUAGCGCGAUGGGUUCCAGCUCAUGAAAGAUCACUUCAAGGGGCAUUGGUCUUUGGUGGUGCCCAAAUUGGUAACAUUUUUGGUUCCUUCAUGUCUGGCUUUUUGAUGGCUGGAGAUGGACACUGGGCCAACGUAUUUUAUUUCUUCGGAUGCUUUGGGAUAUUGUGGUUUUUGUUUUGGAGCAUUCUAUGCUUUAGCACACCAGAAACCCAUCCAUUCAUAUCGGACGAAGAGCUUAAGUACUUGAACGAAAGUAUAACGGGUUCAGAUAACAAAAGUACUAGAGAUCCAAUACCGUGGAAAGCUAUAUUGCGAUCAGCGCCAGCUUGGGCCCUAUUGUUUGCCGCAGUCGGUCACGAUUGGGGCUACUACACGAUGGUGACUGAUUUACCAAAGUACAUGACAGACGUACUCAAGUUCAACAUUGCUGCUACUGGUACUCUUACUGCUAUCCCUUACCUUGCUAUGUGGAUCUCAUCCUUCGCUUUCGGCAUCAUUUGUGACAUCUGUGUCAAACGGAACUGGCAUUCUAUUAAGACUGGAAGAAUUAUUUAUACGACUAUUGCUGCUACUGGACCAGCUGUCUGCAUCAUCCUGGCCUCAUAUUCCGGCUGCGACAGAUUUGCAGCUGUUGCAUAUUUUAUAGCUUCCAUGGCUCUCAUGGGAGGGUACUAUAGUGGAAUGAAGGUGAAUGCAUUAGACUUAGCGCCAAACUACGCCGGGUCGCUCACAGCCAUGGUAAACGGAACAUCGACUCUAUCUGGAAUAAUUACACCAUAUCUGAUUGGUCUUCUAACACCUGAUUCCACACUAAAACAAUGGCGAGUCGCAUUUUGGAUUUGCUUUGCUGUUCUGGUGAUAACGAAUGUUAUCUAUGUCAUCUGGGCGGAUGGUGAACAGCAGUGGUGGGAUGAUAUAAGAAGGCAUGGUUAUCCCGAAGGCUGGAAACAUGGACCUUUGAAGACCUCUGACGACGAUAAGGAAAAGAGCAAAAAGAAGGAAGCGGAAGGAACUGCAUUAUAG